CGAAACUCAUGUCUGGCUGCAAGUGCUGCCUGACGAGUUAUAAUGAUAGCGCGGUAUUGUUGGAGAUGCUCUGGCGCACUUUCUUUUCCUAUUUACGUCCUUGACAGCCGUCUAUCAUUGCCCACUUGCCGUCGGCUGCUCUAUCAUCUCACACAGUGCAAUUCUUCCUAUCAUCAUAUUACCUGAACAGACCUUAGGACCUCCACACCUGAUUCUCUGCCUUGUAAAUUCGCGAGAUUUAUAACGCAACUAGGAAUUGCCAUGCGCUCGAAGAACAGGCAAAAUGCUGUUCUAGCACCACAGAGUCCGACGAAGGGUCUCUCAUCCGCGUUGAGUACGUACGCCAUGUUGCUACUUCUAUCUCAGCUCCACCGAACGAAUGCCCUACAUCACAUGAAGCGAACGAUUCCAAACGUCGUAAAGGAAUGGGUGCACGGAGAGGUACCGCUGAUUGCUACCAACAACUGUGAAGAUGAUGUUUAUCCCGCUGUCUUAACCCAACACGGCCAAGGACCGGACAAGUCUGGGUUCAAGCUUGAGCCCGGAGAAACCUUUAAGCAAAUCGUCUCAGGAGACUGGCAAGGCCGCAUGUGGGGUCGAACGAACUGCAGCUUUAAUGAUGACGGAACGGGACCGGCAGACGCCAGCGGUAGUGGUCGUGGGAAAGCUUGUCUGAGUGGAGACUGUAACGGUGUUCUAAACUGUGUGGUCACAGGCGACAAUCCUGCGACGUUAGCAGAGUUUACGUACGAUGGCGGUGAUGGUUUGACAUACUACGACAUAUCACUCGUGGACGGUUACAACAUCCCAAUAGCGAUUGUCAUGACGCCACGGGACAAUUCAAGUCUAGCGGACAUUCCACCAAACUAUACGAAUCCCUCAUGUCAAGGCACUGCUGCAGUCCUCGCUCCGACUGAUUACGACCCCUACUCCGGACUAAGCGGAGACCAAUUCUUUCUUGGUACAAACAGCAGCUUUCCCCUUCCAUUCGACUCCAAGGCGUCGGGUGACGACGUGCAACGAUGGUGUCCUUGGGAUCUCCAGGUCAACCCUCCGUACAAACCUGGCAAUGGCAUCUACCCGUAUCCUGACGACAACAUCGAGAGACCUGCGUUCAACCCAUGCUUCUCGGCUUGCGCUAAGUGGAAUAAAGACUUUGAUUGCUGUAUUGGUGACUAUGGAGUACCCAGCAAGUGCUCACCUGGCUUGUAUUCGCGUCAAGCUAAAAAAGUCUGUCCCGACGCGUAUAGCUACGCUUUUGACGACCAAACGUCUACCUUCAUCAUUCCAGUGGGAGCUGGAUUCGAGGUUGUGUUCUGUCCGGGCGCGCGCUCGACAAACAUACUGGCUGAAUACGGAGACAAGCUGCGACAGCUUGCUCAGGACGGACAUGUCGAUAAAGGCGUUGCAAGCGAAGCCAGCAUGCCACGAUUUCCCGAACAGACUUACUGGCUGGCGUCUGGUCUACUGACAUGUGCAGCCCUAGUGUCGUGGCUUGGAUAAAGAACUUGAUGUCCGUAGACUAAUUCAGCGUGUUGCUCUUCACAAUUCAUCCUAUCUUCCGAAGGAUUCCCUAGGCGAUCAUGAAAUGCUUUGAUGAUAUACAUACAUUGUUAGAUAUACGCUUUCUUCGAUACAUGGCAGCACUGUUCCUCAUGCUGCCAUAUACGAGGUUUUGACCGUGUGCCCCUGGCACGCGCUGGGCUGAGAGUCUUGGAGCCGAUGCACUUGGUGCGAUACAC